AUGCUAUGCGACCUGAGCGACGGGCCUCGCAGAGAGAGUGAUCUGAACGAUCUUUGGAUUUCUUACAGAGACUGGUGCAACAGUCAAGGCGUUCCAGACCGUGCAGUGCGCAAACUGUUCGCAAGUGCGACGCUCAAGCCUUCUUCCCGUGAAUACAUCACGAUCAGUCAGAAGCAGCUGACAGCUUCGGCAGCUCGGUACUUCAUUUUCUGGUUGGCGCAGCUAUCUCGAUUUCUGUUGGACAGCAAUCCCAACAAUCCGUUCUACCAGUUGCUUUGCUAA